AUGUUUACCAAGCAGCCGACGGGAAUGGGGCAGCAGGGUUCUGCUGCUCCUCUGCAGCCUUCCAGUAGCAGCAGCAGCAGCAGCAGCAGCAGCUUGGCACAGCAUCAGCAGCCCAGCACGGAAUGUUCAUCCUCAGCAGCAGGAUCUGCUGCUGCAACAGGAGCAGCAGAGGCAGCAGCUGCAGCAAAUGCAGCAGCAGAUAACAGGGCGUCGCACAGCCUUUCCAUAUCUUCUCUUAUAGGGGCGCUCGUGCCGCUGCCUGUGCAGCCGCGUUCUGCUGCUGCUGCUGCUGCUGCUUUGCCUCCGCUGCUGCGGAUUGUUGCAGUGUCUCCGCUGCUGCCGCACCCAACCUUCUGCUGCAGUCGUGCAGUGUCUCACGCUGAAGCUGCAGCAAAUGCAGCAGCAGACGCAGCAGCAGACGCAGCAGCAGGAGCACCAGCAGCAGCAGCUGCUGCUGAUGCUUCUGCUGCUGCUGAAGGGGAAGUGCGCAAGCGAGAGAGCGACGUCUGUACAGCUCAGGACAAGCAGCAGCAGCAGCAACAGCAGCAGCAGGAUACAGCAGCUACAUGUUCUGCUGGGGUGGAGACAGCAGCAGGGACUGCAGCAGAGUCGGCAACGACAGCAACUGCAGCAGGAACUACAGCAGCAGCAACAGCAGGAAAUACGCUGCAGCACACGGUCUCUGCGACCUUGACUGAGGACUGGUUUCAACGUGGAGACGGUGCAGCAGCAGCAGCAGCUGCAGCAGCAGAAGGCUCAGGGAGUGGGGGCCCCUUUGUUUAUGCUGCUGCUGUUCAUGAUUGCAGCCUUCUGGGCUGCAGCAGCAGCAGCAGCAAGCAGCACGCUGUCCUGCGUCGCUGCGCCUUCCUGCUGCAGGUGCCCUGGCAGCUGUCUGUACGCCGCAUGGAUAGACAAGCAGUUGUCUCCUCGCUUGCUGCGGCUGCUGCUGCUGCUGCUGCAGCAACGCCUCCUCCUGCUGCUGCUUCUGCUGCUGCUGCUGCUGCAGCCAGCAACAACAGCGGCAACUGGGAGAACCAGCUGUCUCCCUGCUGCAGCAACAGCAGCAGCAGCAUCGACUUCCUAAAGACAGCGAUGGCCCCAGGUGCAGCGCGAGCGCCUUGUGAAGUUCGGUGUAUACCGCUGCUGCCUGCUGCUGCUGCUGCUGAAUGCGACAGCGGCAGCAGCAGCAGCAGCUCGCAACAUUCGUCUCGCCGCCUGAGCCGAGGCAGCAGCAACAGCAGCAGCAACAGCUUGCUGUCUUUGUCUUCAUCUAGGGGUGCUUUAGGGCCCCCAAAGCAUGCCCCAGUUGCGUCUGCUGCAGCACAAGCUGCUACACUGCAGCAGCAGCAGCAGCUGCUGCAGCAACAAGGCCUCUGGUGCAGUCCCUUGUCAGUUCUAGCUUUGCCGCUGCUGGUGCAGGACAGCUGCAGCUGCAGCAGUUGCUGCUGCAAAGUGUCUCUCAAUCAACUGGAGCGAGGCUGCCCUUUGGCUGCUGCUUGCUCCUGUUGCUGCUGCUGCUGCAGCAGCCCCAUCCGCGUGCUGCAGCACGCUCGUCUCCUUUGCUGCUGUCAGCACACCGAAUUUAUUGUGAAUGCCUCGCUGCUGGGUCCUUCUGCUGUGUCUCCUUUGCUGCUGCUGGCCUCCAGCAGCAGCAGCAACAGCAGCAGCAGCAACACUUAUCUCUGGGCCCUGCACUCUCCGGCGCUGCUGCAGCUCUGCGGGCGUUUGUCUCUGCCUGCUCUGCCGCAGCAGCAGCAGCAGCAGCAGGUGCAGCAGCAGCAGCAGCAGUACAAGUAUGCAUUGCUUGAGAGUGACGAAAGACAGCUGCAGCAUUCGCUAGUUGCUUUUGGUUUAUCUGCUUCUCCUUUUGCUGCAGUGCCUCGCAUGCAUCUGCUUUUCGUUUACUUGCCCUGGUCCCAGCAGCAGCAGCAGCAGCAGCAAGAGGAGCAGCAGCAGCAGCAGAAGCGAUGUGUAGUGGGUGCAUUUAUGAUAGAUGGCCUCGCCAGAGGAGCGCGGGGUCUCCCGCUGCUGCAGCAAAUAGCAGCAGCAAACGAAGUCCCUCUGUCUCCUUUUCAUGUAGAAGAGAUAUCGGAAGCUGUGCUUGCAGAGCCAAACCUAUGGAGCGAUUUGAUGACUGUGACUGUCUCCUCAGCUGCCUCAUUAGAUUGUCUUGCUGCAUCACCAGGUGCUGCUUUAGGCUCUGCAGUAUAUUCGGGUUGGCCUCUUGCUGCUGGGGGUACCCCUGCUGCUCCUCCGCUGCUGUCUCCUUCGCCGCCUUUAAGUAGCAAAGCUGCUGCUGCUGCUGCUGCUGCUGCUGCAGCAGAAACGCCUCAGCUUAUCUGGGGAGCACUCAGCGGCUUUCUUUCUUCUCUUAUUCCUCCUUGCCGCUUGCGGGUGGUCUCCGCUUAUGGAGAUGAGUUGCUGCUGCUGCUGUCUCCUGUGCUGCUGCGUGUGCAGCAACCCGGUAGCAGCAGCAGCAGCAGCAGCAGCGGUUUGCUGCAGGUCCGGUAUGCAGUCAGGUGUCUCGCCAGCUCCUCACUGCUCACAGAGCUGCCGUGGCUCCGAAGCUUUUGCAGCGAGCAGCAACAGCAGCAGCAGCAGCAGCUGCAGCAGCAGCAGCAGCAACUUCGCGUUGAGGACCUAGGCGUUUUUAAGGGAGACACCGAAACCCUCAGCGGCAGCAACGCCAGCAGCAUACAGACAGAUGAUGGAGACAGCCCCUCCCUGAGAGAAGAAGACAGCACACCCUCAACAGCAGCAGCAGCAGCAGCAGAAACAGGAGACCCAGCAGCAGCAGCAGCAGCAGCAGCAGCAACGCGCGGCGGGCUGCUGUUGCGGGGUGUCUCCUCAUUGCCGCAGCAGGCUCUAGAUAUGGCCUGGACAGCGGAGACAGGUUUGCUGCUGCUGUGGAGCAGCAACGGAGUGAGAGGGGGCAUGUCUCCUUUGCUGUCUCUUCAGUCGGCUCCGAUGCAGCAACAGCAGCUGCUGCUGCUGCAACAAAGGCUGCCGCUCGGCUUUAACGCUGCAGCAGCAGCGCAGAUGCCUCGCGUCUGCUGGGCGGCAUUUCUUCCCUCGUCUUUUCUCUCGCUGCUGCAACAACAGCAGCAGAAGCAGCAGCACUUGUUGCAGCAGCAGCAGCUGUUGCUGCAGCAGCAGCAAGGCGAGAACAGACUCCUGCUGCCUCCCACGGGGCGCCUGCCACUGCUGCUGUGUGCAUCAGCAGAUGCGCAGCAGCUGCUGCUGCUUCAGGUUGACGUUGCUGCGUCGGUCCUUGGGGUGCAGCAGCUGCAGUUGCUGCUGCUGCAGCAGCAGCAGCAGCAAGAGGAGACCGAUUAUCUCUUUCCAGGUUUGAAUAUGGAGGCUGUGGCUAGUCUCUUCAGAGUGCCACAGCAGCAGCAGCAGCAGCAGCACACGCACCCUCACCACAUGCACUUGCAGCAGCAGAAGCAGCAGCAGAAGCAGGCGCUGCUGCUUGCUGCCCAAGUUGUGGAGCUGCCUGUCCCGCUCGCCUUCGCUCAUGCAGUAACUUCUGUGCUGCUGCUGCUGACAGUUGCGCUUCCUGCUCCUGCACCAGGGCAGCAGCAGCAGCAGCAGCAGCAGCAGCACGUCGAGCGGGUCCCGUGGCUGCUGGUCUUUGCUGUUGAUUCCCGCUGCUGCGUAGUGCAGCAGCACCAGCAGCACCAGCAGCAGCACCAGCAUACCGCUGGGACUGGCUUGGCUCUGUCCUUGAUAGGAGCCUGGAGGGACACGCGCAGCACUGCAGCAGCAGCUGCAGCAGCAGCAGCUCAUGCAUCACCCUAUAGCAGCCGUACAUUUAUUCGGGAGGGGCAUCAGCUGCUGCUGCAGCAACAGACAGCCGCUGCUGUCGUGACACCCGAGCGCCUCCUUAUUGCUUCGCCGCUGUGGCUGCAGCAGCAGCAGCAGCAGCAGCCUAAGACCGGUGGGGAUUCUUUGCGGCUAUCGCUGCCGUCAGGAGAGCAAAAUAGAUGGCUUGCAGCAGCCGCAGCAGCAGCAGCAGCAGCAAAGGCAGAAGCAGCAACAGCAGCAGCAGAAGCAGAGCAUUGUCUAGUGUAUUGCCUGCGUCUCGUCGCUGCACCGGUUGGCAGAGGUGCUGCAGCAGCAACUGCAACAGCAGCGGAAGCAGAAAUGUCUCUGCUGGCAGCUGCAUGCAUCCCCGGAGACGGCCGCAUCUCUGCUGUGUCGCUGCUGCCUCACAGUUUGGUGCUGCAGUGCAGCGAGCGUUUUGCUGCUUUUGUUUUCUCGCUAUGUGCCCUGCCGUUGCUGCUGCCGCCCUCUGCGGCAUGCAGCAGCAGCAGCAGCAGCAGCAGCAGCAGUCCGGGGGAGCAGCAAGUGAGUGAGGAGCUUAUUCGGGUCUUAAUGCUUCACCCAGACAUAUGUCUAUCACCAGUGCUGCAGCAGGAGGACGUCUCCGCAUCUCCUGCUGCUGCUGCUGCUGCUGCUGGUCGCGGCAGGGCAGCAGGAGACAUCUCUUCGUGCUGCCUUUCCGAUGGCCGGUUGGCUGUCCUUGUGAAAUCGCAGCAGCAGCCACAGCAGCGGCAGCAGCAGCAGCAGAGCGGCGUCUCUGCUGCUAUCGCGCCAUUUGAUCACAUUGCGGUGUAUGUACAGGACAAGGUUGUUGCUGCAGCAGGCGCAGCAGCACCAAACAAAUGGAUUUGCGUCUUUGCUUCCUCCCGGGGCCUGAGAAGCCCCAACAGCAGCAGCAACAGCAACAGCAGCAGCAGCAGCUGCUGUCCUGUUUGCGUGUAUGAUGCCUGGUGGUCUUAUGACGGGUCUCUGCUGCUGCAGAUGGAGGAGGCUGAUGCAGCAGACAGCAGCAGCUGCAGCAGCAACUGCAGCAGCACUUGUGCAUGCAGCAAUAUGUCUUCCUUCUGCUUCCGGCAGCUAUCUGCGGAGAUGCUCGCUGCAGCAAGAGGUCUUAUUCCUUUAUCUUUGUCUCCUGCAUGCACCGUGUGGGGCCCUGCUUCUGCUGCUACUAUAGCAGCGUACCGCGCAGCAAAAGCAGCAGCAGCAGCAGAGCAGCAACAGCAGCAACAGCAGCAGCAGCGCGUGCAUGCGAUGAAGGCUGCAGCAGCAGCCAUCAACGCGGCCAUCGCUCGGGCGAAACAGCAACAGCAGCAGCAGCACGGUGCAUCUGACCUGCAGCAGCUACAGCAGCAGCAGCUGCAACAGCAGCACGAGAUUCUUGCUGCUGUAGACAGAACAACAAGAAACCAUGGUGGCUGCUGUCUGUACAGCCCAGAGGUGCUGCAGCAGCUACUGCGCUGCGGAUACACCGCAACGGUGCGGUGGCUGCUGCUCGUGCUGCUGCGGUGCCUCACGGCUGUGGGGCUGUCGCCCGGCCAGCAGCAGCAGCAGCAGCAGCAGCAGCAGCAGCAGAGCCCAGGAGCAGAAACAGCAACGCUGGAAUUCACCUUCAGCUUGGACUCCUUUGCCGAGGAGUUAGCUCUCCAGAAGUCAGCAGCAGCAGCAGCAGCAACUGCAGCAACAGCAACAGGAACGGGAGAGCCUCGCUGCUGCGCCAUAUGCGGAGCCGCCAUCACCGCUGCAGCAGCAGCAGCAGCAGCAACAGGUGUUGGUGCUACUGCGGCAAUCUGCACAGCAUGCGAGCCCAAGGCAGGCUGCGAGCUCGCCCAGCUGCUGCAGCAAACAAUGGCUGCAGCAGCAUGCUUGCUGACGGAUUUGAUGGCGCAGCAGCAAGCAGCAGAGCAUCAGCAGCAAGUGGCGCAGCAGCAAGACCUCACAGCAGCAGAACAGCAGCGCCUGCUGCAGCAACGCCGCUGCUGGCCUAAGAGUGCUGAGGUGUACGUACACUGGGCUCGACACUACCUCCCUCCAAGCAUGCAGCCGUCCUCUGCUGUUGCUGCUGCUGCUGCUGCUGCUGCUGCUACUGCAGGUUUUGAGGGGGAUCAAAUAGCUGCUGCUGCUGGCACUGAGGCAAACGACUACUGGCAGCAGCAGCAGCAACACGGGGACUGGGCGGACGCCUUUGGGGGUGGAGGGGGUCGCCUGUCUCCAUCUCCCCCAGCAGCAGCAACAUCAGCAGCAGCAGCAGCAGGAUCAGCAGCAGCAGAAGAACGGUCUGCUGCAUUUUGUCUUUUUUCCUCGCCCCACACCUCCGUUGCUGCUGCUGAUGAUGAUGACCCCUUCGAUGUCAAAGAGCUGCUGGGCUUCAGCAGCCCAGCAAAAGAGACAGCAACAGAGGAGACAGCAGCAAAGGAGACAGCAGCAGCUUCGCAGCAGCACGCAGCAGCUCAGCAUACACCCGAUCAGCAGUCCCCUGCACAACACCUUGCAGCAGCAGAUUCGCCAGCAGCAGCAGCAAGCACAGCAACACCCGCUGCUACUGCUGCGCUGUUGAUGACUCCCGUCCGCGCUGUGCUGCGUGAGGACGAGUAUUUGCUGCUGCUGCAGCUGCUGAUGCUGCCACUCCCUGGAUUGGCGCUGUCUCCGCAGCAGCUGCUGCUGCUCCGGUGUCUCAUCCGCGCGCUGCAGCAGAUCGAUCAGCAGCAGAGAUGCAGCUCGCGAGCAGCAGCAGCAGCAGCAGCAGCUGGACUGGCUGCUGACUUUCCUGCUGCUGCUGCAACCGCAGCUGCAGCAGCUGUUGAUGUUGCUGCUGCUGCGAGGGUGUGCGCAACAGAAGCAGAACAAAACGAAGUGGAAGCUGCUGCAAGGGCUGUGGGUGCAGCAGCAGCAGCGGCAGCAGAAGCAGCAGCAGAAGGCAGCUCCCAGAGCUGCAGCACAGACAACAGCCGCCAGCUCUUCUACACGGCAUUGCUGGUGUUGCGGGAGGCGGAAAUUGCUGCGGCCGAGCAGCAGCAGCAGGCGCUACAGCAGCAGGACAUGCAGCAGCAGCAGCAGCAGCAGGUGAAGGCAUCUCCAUCUUCAGUCUUCUCCCCGCGCAGCAGCUCCAGCUGUCAUUCACGUCCUGCGCUUGCUGCGAGCUCUGCUGCUGCUGCUGUUCCUGCUGAUGCUGCUGCUGCUGCAGUGCCUGCUGCAGCCCUUCUGAGCAGCGAGGACAUCUGCUGGUGUCUCCUUGCUGCAGCAGAAGAGGAUCUGCUGCAGCACGUUGUGCAGCAGGCGCGCGCAGCACAUCCCAAGGGUUUGCUUAUGUGGCCCCUUCUCCGAUUGCGCGGGGUUGGCUUCUGGCUGCGCAACCCCUCGAACGUGCGCCAAUUGUGCGAGUUGCUGCUGCGGGAUGCAGCACAAGUAGCAGCAGCAGAGCAGCAGCAGCAGCAGGGAAAGCUAAGCCUUAACGGACCCCCAGAGGCAAUGAGUCCCUUCGCGCCUGGUAGCAGCAGCAGCACUGCCGCUGCUGCUGCUGGGGUUUCGCAUCAGCACGGAGCUCCAUCUGCAGCAGCAGGAACAGCAGCAGCAGCAGCAGCAGCAGCACGUCCUGCUGACUUAGUUGCUUUGUGGGCAGCAUUUAGCGGCAAGAAAAGCCUAAUUGUUGCCUCCCUUAAAGCUCAAGGAAAUGUGAAGGCAGCAGCAUUUUUGCAGUCUGACGCCAGUGAUGUUCGUUGGCGUGCAGCAGCAGAGAGAAAUGCUUUUCAUCUCCUCUCGCAGCGCCGCUGUUUUUUAGCUUUAGCUUUCUUUGCUCUUGCUGGCAGCUACAGAGAAGUUGGUGAUGUUUGCUGCAGGUUGCUGAAGGACACGCAGCUGGCCCUCUUCCUUUGCCGAGUGAGCGCAGCUGUCUCCUCCCCGGAGUCUCCUCCCUUGGGAACGGACUCGCAGCCAUGGGGUCUGCAGCAGCACAAGCACAAGCAGCAGCAACAGCACAAGCAGCAGCAGCAGCAGCAGCCUGAUGCGGUUGCAGCAGCAGGAAACGUAGGAGCGGCAGGAACUCCCGCUAAAACUACAGCACCAUCAGCAGCAGCAGCAGCAGCAGCAAGUCCUGCUGCUGUUGCUGCUGAUGGUGCUGCUGCGGCGACAGCUGCAGUUUGCAGGAGUGUGCCCCCCGCUCCCCUUGCCUUUGAUGGUUCUGCUGCUGCUGAGUACAGCCGCGUGCUGCUGCAGCGGCUGCUGCCGCAAGCAGCAGCAGCAGGAGAUAUAUGGCUGCGUUUUUGCUGCUACUGGUUGGCAGGGCACUACACGCAGGCCUUCGAGGCUCUCCUCCCUCCGUAUGCAGGCGCGCUGCAGCUGCAGCAACAGCAGCCGCAGCAGCAGCAGCAGCUGCAUCACGAGGUGCUCCCAUUCAACCCGCGCACGUAUUUGCAGGGCACUCAGCAGCACGAGCUGGGGAGGUCUUUGAGGGGCGGGGCUGUUGAUGCAGCAGCAGCAGCAACAGCAGCAGCAGCAGCAGCAGCAGCAACGGCAGCAGCAGGCGAGGAGGGCGUUUAUGAGGGAGGCUGUUGGAGGGUCUCCUUGCCGUCUCUGUCGCUGUCUUUGUUUAGAGCAGCUGUCAAACAAACACUGCCGAUACGUCGAGCGCAGCAGAAACACAAAGAAAAAUACCUGCUGCUGCAGCAGCAGCUGCAGCAGCAGCAGCAGCAGCAGCAGCAGCAGCGGCAGGAGUCGGUGCUGGAGUCGUUCUAUGGGGCUGAAGACAAGGGAAGCCGGAGCAGAUACGCCCGCAGCGGCAGCAGCUGCAGCGGCAGCAGCAACAGCACCAGCAGGUGGGAGAGCCGAGCCGACGAGUCUAGAAGCAGCUUUGUUGCUGCUGCGCAGCGCAGCAGCAGCAGCGGGCACCUCAGUUGGAGAGACAGUUUGUCUUUGUCUUUUCGAGACCUGCACAGAAGAGGCAGCAGUAGCAGUAGCAGCUGCUGCUGCUGUUGCAGCAGCACCUGCUGCUGCAGCAGCAGCGUGAGGAAGUGCCGCAUUUGCUGGUGGGGCUUCAUCGACCCUGCAGGUGCAGCAGAGAGCGACAUGUACCUGCUGAGCUGCCUGUACACCCGAGAGAGACAGCCAUUUUUUGCUGCUGUUGCUGCUGUCUCCCUUUUGUCUCUCCGCGCCUCAAGGCAAGCCGCUUUGAAGGCCUUAGAAGAGGAGACAGAUGAUAACCCUGAUGCUGCUGCUGCUGAUGCUGAUGCUGCUACUGCUGCUUCCCUGCAGCACCCGCUGCUGCCAGACGCAGCCUUACCUACGGUGUGGGGAGCGCUGCAUGCGUUCGCUGCUGCUGCAGCGCAGCCCCUGCUCUCUGCUGCUGCUCUUGGGCAGCAGCAGCAGCCCCACCAGCAACAGCAGCAGCAGCCAGUUGGCCUUGCUGCAGCCGUGUCCAGUCUCCUCGACCUCCAGCCAAGUCUGCUGCUGCUGCUGACUGCUACCGCCUGGCGGCAGCCUGCAGCUGCUGCCGCCGCUGAGAGCAGCAGCAGCAGCAGCAACUGCUGGACUGUAGCCUCGGCACUUCAAGGGUCUCCAACGGACAGCCCACGGCAGCAGCAGCUGUCACUGAUCGACCGUCAGCAGCAGCAGCCGCAGCAGCAGCAGCAGGAGGGCCUCCUCCCCACAGAAGCAGCGCAGAGCCCUUUGCUGCUGCUGCUUGCUUCUCUAGAUAAGUGCAUUGAGGUGUACAGCCAGGCCCCGAUGCUGCUGCUGCCACCUCUGCUGUCUGGGCUGACGAGCAGCAGGAGGUUGCUGCUAUCACAAUGCCUUCUGUCUCCUUGCUGCAGCGUUGUUGCUGCUCCUGCGGCAGGAGUUGCAGCAGCAGCAGCAACAGCAGCAGCAGCAACAGAAGAGCUGCAGGAGGCGCUGUGUCUGCGGGGCGAGGCCCCAGACGAGGAUCUGCGCUGCAGCGGACUUGCUGCUGCUGCUGCUGCUUGGAGGAGACAGUCAAGCAGCAGCAAAGAGGCACGAGAUCAGCAGCUGCUGCGGCAGGGUGUCUCCCGUCUGUCGCUGUCCCUGUGCCUGCGAGCUGCUGCUCCUCUUGCUGCGCCUGCAGCAAACGAAAGCAGCAAUAGAAGCAGCAUCGGCAGCAACAACAGCAGCAACGGCAGCAACAGUAGCGAGGGCCUAGCUGUGCUGCAGAUGCAAUGCCCGUCGGCCGUUCAUGCUGCGCUGUUUGAUUUGCUGCAGCAGUUGCAACAAAUGCAGCAGCAGCAGCAACAGCAGCAGCUGCGUGGCCCGCGUCGUCUCUCAUCGGCAGCAGCAACUGCAGCAGCAGCAGCAGCAGCAGCAAGGGGUGCCUCCUCUCCUUCUUCCUCUUCUGCAGUCCUAAGCACGCCCGAAGCAGCAGCAAUAGGAGAAGCAGAGGCAGACAGCAUGUCUUUUAUUGUCUCAUGUUUGCUGCUUAGACUGGCUUAUGGGCAGUUGCUAGCAGCAGCUGAUGCAGCUGCAGAGGCGCGCAGGCUUGCUGCUGCCACUGCUGCAGUGCUGCACCAGCAGCAGCUGCAGCAGCAGCAGCACCUAGAGUGGGAAUGCAUCUUGUCGGUUGACUUGGCGGGCCUCACAAGGCACCCUGUGUACACAGAUCGUGCUGCUGCUGCUGAUGCUGGGGUGUCUUCAAGCUUCAGUGUGCCGUUGCUGCUGCCAGUGCUGCUGCAGCUGCUGCGCGACAGCCUGGAGAUGCCCUCUAUACACCCCAAAGUGAUGGGCAUCCCCGCUCUGUAUUGCUGCCUUGCUGCUUGCGUCAGCGAGCUGCAGCAGCAGCAGCAGCAGGGCUGCAGCUGCUGCAGCUGCAGCAGCGGAUCCACUUGCAGAAACAGCAGCAGCAGCAGCAGCAGCAGCAGGUGCGGGUGUGUGGAGGGCGCUCUGUCUCUGCUGGAGCUGCAGCGGCUGUACUGCGUUGCUGCUGUUUGCUGCUGCGGGUUGCUGCUAGGCGUUGUUGCUUCAAUGCCUUCUGUCUUUGGCAGCGACAGCAACUUGCUGCUGCAGCACGUGCCCUCUACAGCAGCAGCAGCAGCAGCUCCGGCGACAGCGUCAGAAGGCGUCGCUGGACAGAGCAGCAGCAGCAGCGCCACUAACAAACCUCAAGCGGCUCUUCCAGCACGAACCAGCAGCAGCAACAGCAACAGCAGCAGCAGCAGCAGCGUGCACUGGGAAGAGGACAGGACGCUGGUGUUGGUACACCAGGCAGCGACUCUGCUGCAGCUGCUUCUUUCUCGUCCGCGAUGUUUGCUGCUGCAGCACGAUGUGCUGCAGGUGCUGCAGCAGCUGCUGCAGCCUCGUUGGGGGGUCAUUUCUGCAACACGUGUUGCUGCUCCUGCAGCAAGAGGCCGAGCAGCAGCAGCAGCAGCAGCAUCUGUCUCAGCAUUCGCCCUUGCUGCUUGUGUUGCUGUAAAGGCGUUUGAAUUUAUUGUUGAGGCUAUCCACAGUGUACAAACAGAAGCGAGAAGGACGGCGGUGGCACUGCGACAGCAGCGGGACAUGCUGCUGCAGCAGAAGCAGCAGCAGCAGCAGCAACAGCAGCAGCAGCCUCUGGUGCAGAAAAGGAGCGGCCUCGAAAGCUGGUUGGUCAGCGCGCAUGGGAAGGUACAGCAGGCCCAGGCAUCACCCCCUGCAGCAGCAGCAGCAGCAGCAGCAGCAGCAGCAGCAGAGGAGGCAUAUUCACUUUGCAGCAGCCUAGCGUGCUUAAACAGUUGUUUUGUAGAAUAUCUGGGGACGCAGCUGCGGCCUGUCUUUAUGCGGUCGCUGCUGCCUGCUGCAGCAGGGCUGCUGCCGCUGCUGCACGACGUGCACACCCACCCAACGGCAGCAGCAGCAGAAGCAGCAGCAGCAGCAGAAGCACCAGCAGCAGCUGCAGAAGCAGCAGUAGCACCAGCAACAGGGAAGAGAUCUUCGAUGCUGCGAGCUGCAGCAGAAAGCUGGGGAGGCGAGGGAUUGGGGCUACUGUGGAGUGCCCUCUGCUGCUGCAGCAGGCUGCAGUGGGCGCUGCAGCAGACUUCCUUCUUGCCGCUGCAGCAACCACCAGCUGCUGCUCUGCUGCGGCCGCUGUUACACCGCGAUGCGCUUACGCAGGCAGUGAGGCAUUUAUCCAGUAGGCAGACACGCACACAACAGCAGCAGCAGCAGCAGCAACAGCAGCAGCACCAGCAACAGCAGCAGCAGCAACAGCAGCAACGGCACCACCACCAUAACCACCUGCAUCUGCACGGCCAUCACUCGAGUGAACAUGGGAAGGACUCUCGGUUGGAUACAUCUGACCAGCAGCAGCAGCAGCAGCAGCAGCAGCUGUUGCCGCAACAGCAGUCUUUGGGUGCAGCAGCAGCAGAAAGCCACUACCACGCAUCAGCAGCAGCAGCAGCAAAUGAGAGGCACGCCGCCACCCCUUCUUACACCAGCCACACUCCAAAGGGCUCCAGCAGCAGGCGCUUCAGCAGCUGCUUCCCUCCGCAAGAGAAAGGGCAGCAGCAGCAGCAGCAACAGCAGCGACAGCUGCAUCAGGUGCUCUCCAGUUACGUAGCCGAACACAUGCUAGCAGCAACCCCUCUCCCCGCUAUCCCUGUUGUUGCUGCUGCUCUCUUCCCUGGCUGUUUGCUGCAGGCUGCAUGCUGCAGCAACAGCUGCAGCAACGCCUUCGAAGUUAUCCGACAGAGCCACAGCUUGGGGCCGCUGCAGCAGGAGCAGGAGCAGCAGCAGCAGCAGCAGCAGCAGCAGCAGGGUGAGGACAGCAGUGCUGCUUUCUCGCAGGAGUGGGCGCGGCUGCCUGUUGCAGCGCUGCUUGGACCCGUAACUGCUGCCAGCAGCAGCAGCAGCAGCAGCCGCCACAGCAGCGCCGCAGGUCUGCUUAUAUCAAAUGAAGUUGUGGUGAGUGUAUGUACACCUGAGGGGCCCCCAAGGGGUAUCAGGGCUCUGACGCUGCCUCGCUCUGUUCUGGGGCUGCCAGAGCAGGAUAGCAUGCAAGGUGCUGCUGCUCUUGCUGCAGCAGCAGCAGCAGCAGAAACCCGCCAUGCAUACGUAGCUAACCUUGUCAAGUACCGCUCGCUGCAGCAGCAGCAACAGCAGCAGCAGCUGCUGCCGCAGCUGCUGCAGCUCCCCCUAAUGAGUGAUGCAGGGGGGCCUGGGGGCGCUUUCCCCUACUUAGUGAACUCGCGGCGGCCGCUGUUUGCUUCGAAAACAGCAGCAGCAGCAGCAACAGCAGCAGCAACAUCAGGUUCAGCGGGAGGAAGAUUAGCAGUUGACGUCAGCUUCACACGAGAGAGCAGCGACAACCGCGAGCAUCACCAGCACCAGCAUCAGCAGCAGCAGCAUCAGCAGCAGCACCAUCAGCAUCAGCACCAUCAGCAUCAGCAGCAGCAGCAGCAGCACGAAAGCGGUGUUGUGGCGCUUGCUGAGUGGGUGGGGUUGUUGUUAUAUCGAGAUGUCUCCCUAUACACCGUAACGCAGACCUCGCGGCUUUGCUCCUACUCCCGUUUGCUUGCGCGUGUCACUGACAGCAGCAGCAGCAGCAGUAGCAGCAGCAGCAGCAGCAGCAACAAUCUUGUGUUUCCUUAUGGCGUCUUCUCUCCCUUAUCUUCAAUGCGCGCUGCAUUUGAAUUCACAGGCGUUGUUGCUGCUCACCCUUUCCUUCCUGUGUUUGCUGUGCUGCUGCGGGCAUCGCAGCAGCAGCAACAGCAGCAGCAGCAGCAGCAGGGCGGGUGUCCCCCAGUCCUUACUCCGGUGCUUCGCUCUUUCGGUUUGGGGGCUCGCAGCCUGCCGCGGGGGCCUACAGGGGCUCUUCCUAGUGCUGCUGCUGCUGCUGCUGCUUCUUCUGCCACGCCUGCUGCUGCUGAUGUUUCUGCUGCUCAUCCAGCUGCUGCGAGUGCUGCUGCCCCUGCAGCUGCAGCGACAUCUGAGGCAAACUCCACCGAAGUUCAACGCCUGGAUACCUUAGAGAGACCAGCAGCAGAACUGCAGCAGCAACAGCAGCUGCAGCAGCAGCAGCGGCAGCAUUCUGGGAAAAGGGGACUGCAGACUUUACCCCUUUUGCUGCGUUUGCAGCAGCAUCAGCAAGUUGGCUCCUCGGGCGGAACAGCAGCAGCAGCAAUAGCAGCAGCAGCAGCAAGCCAAGUAACGUGUGCUGUCUGGGUGCCGCAAGGAGACAGUCUCCUUGUGUCUGAUUCAUCAGGGUGGGCUUAUCUUUUCUGUCUCCUUCGGGGGCCCUUGCUGUCUCCUUCGGUAGUAGCGGAGGCCCUCAGCUCUGCUGCUGCUGCUGCUGCUGCAAGAACACCAGCAGCAGCAGACGUCAGCAAGGCCGGCACGGGCAGCAGCCGCAGCAGCAGCAGCAGCAGCUAUGAACUGCAGCAGCAGCGCGCAUGCAGGCCUGCGGUUUGUUGGAAGCCCCACAAUACAACGCAGCAAAUAGCAGCAGCAGAUGGUAGCGGCUCGUUUGCUGUUACCCUAGGUAUAGGGGUGCCGCAGCAGCUGCUGCAGGAAGACACUGCAUUGAUUGCUGGUGCUGCUGCUCCCCGCAGCCUGCUGCAGCGGCUGAGCUCCGGGGAAACGGCUUGCGGCGAUGCAGCAGCACCUCUUGCUGCUGGCUGCAACAACACCAGCAGGAGCAACAGCAGCAACAGCAACAGCAGCAGCAGCAGCAGCAAAGGAGGGGCUGCGAAGGCCCGUCUUAAGAAGCGCCCCCAUCCGUUAAAGCUGCUUGGGAGUCUCCGCAGCCAAGCAAAGGAAGGUUUUGUCUCUCGCGUGCUGCACUCACGAUUGUUUACUUCCAGGUUCCCUGCUGCUGCAGCGCUGCAGCAGCAGCAGCAGCAGCAGCAGCAACGCCGCAACGCAGCAGCAGCCCCUGCAGCACCCCUCGUUGGGGGGGCCCUAAGAGCCCUCUCAUGGAGAGCGAGGGCCUUCAGGGUCUCUUCUAAGGGCCCCCGUGGCAUCUUAUCUGCUGGAGGCCGCGCGAAAGCUGCUGCUGCAGCAUCAAAGCAGCAGCAGCAGCAGCAGCAGCAGCAGCCAGGAGAAGGUGGGGGCGAUGAGGACGCAUGGCUUGAUACUACCAGCUGGGCAGCGAGUUUGUGGAGUCUUGCUGCAGCAGAUCCGGAAGCAGCAAAGCGUUCGGCUGUACGUCCACCUGAAGGCCCCUCCAGCAGCAGCAGCAGCAUGCCCUUGAUUGAGGGCCCCUGCCUCUGCGUCUGGCAGCUAACAAGUGUGGGGCCAACGGGAGCGCCUCGUCUGGUGUCUGUAAUAACUUGUGACGAUUUGCUGCACACUCGCGCGCGUCUUGCUGCUGCGGCUGCUGCUGCUCCUACUGCAGCAAGAUCGAUAAAGAAACACGCAACAGGAGCAGCAGCAGCACGAGAAGGCAGCAACAGCUGGAUUGUUGAAGCGACGCAUACACCUACUUGCUUUUGCAUGGCGGUGCUGCAGGAGGGUGCUGCUUGCUGCAGGCCUUGUCUUGCUGCAGCUGCGGGGUGUACAGGGAGCUGCUGCAGCAGCGACCUAACAGCAACUUGCUGCGGCGGCAGCUGUGCUGCUCUGCGUUGCGUUGUCUAUGGAGAUGAAGAGGGGAGUGUGCAUGCAGUAGACUUGGGGUUAGAAGAAGAAGUGCUGCGGUGGGAAGCGCACGAAGGUGCUGCUGUUGCCUCUGUCUCUGUCUCUCGUGCAUACGGCUGCGGCAGCGCAGCCCCUGAAGUCUGGCUUGUCACUGCUGCUGCAGCUGCUGCUGCACCCAGCAGCAGCAGCAGCAGCUUGGGUGGGGCUGCGGCGGGGGAUGUGCUGCUGAGAUGCUGGUCUGUUGUAGGGCUUGGUGAAGGGGGCCCCGUGCUGCUGCAUCAGCUGCAUAUAAAUGCAGCAGCAGUGCUGCCUCGCGGGGUGUCUGCGUCGUGGUUUGGCCGCAGCACCUCAGCAGCAGCAGCAACAGCGGCAACAGCAGCAGCAACAACGACGGGGGCGGGGGGGCCCUCGAAUGCGCUCGCUCGCUUCCUGGGGACGCACAAAGGAGACAGCAGAGACAGCAGAUCAGGAGACAGCAGCAGCAAAGAAGCUGCUACAGUGUUUCAUUUGGGGGGGCGCAGCAGCCUCGCUGUUGAGGGAGGAGACCUUCUGCUGCUUGCAAGAAUAUAA